AUGUCCUCGUGCAUAUAUAUACUGGACGAACAACUGGAACCCCUUAUACUAAAAAACCUGAAGUCCGUACCAAACCCCAGAGUUUUCGCUGAGUUCUUUAAAAAAGUGUAUUAUCCCAAUGCUGGACCUGUAAUCGCACAUCACACGGGAAUAGUCUACGUCUAUGUUCAAAGAGAUGGGUUAUUUUACGUUUCUGUGAUUUUGGGAAGUGUGAUGUUCGAUGUAAUGGCGAUUCUAGCGUAUUUGCAUGAUUUCUAUGUGUUGGUGAAGAACUAUGUUCAUACCGGUCAAGUUAACCGAAACAGCAUCGCGGACAACUUCAAUCUUCUGUACGAGUUGUUUGAUGAGAGUCUGGAUUUUGGGGUACCUCAAUUGACGGAAUACAAUAUUAUACGCGAUUUCAUCAAGAUAGAAGCCAAUGUGCCCUCGAAGAAGAGCAGUGAGAAUUACAAAUCUAGUAUUGACAGUGACGACGACGACGACGAGGAAAGCGAGAGUAAAUAUAGCGGGAAAAUUGUAUCAGGAACAAAAAGUAGUAAGGAAAAGGAUAAGGCUAAGAAAGAUGGUUUGAAAGGUGACGAGCAAUACAUCAACAGUUUCAUUCUUCGAGCCACAACGCAAGCCAUUUCUUGGCGAACAAAGGGUAUCUAUUAUCCCAAGAACGAGCUUUUCGUGGAUGUAAUAGAAUCGCAAACGUAUAUGAUGGACAUGAGUCAAGGUCAGGUACGCAAAAGUUUCAUACAGGGUAAAAUAAAGUGCCGAUCAUACCUCUCAGGGAUGCCAAAGGUUAAGUUGUGCUUGAACAAAAUGCUCAAAAAUAAGGAACUUUUUCUUGCCUCUACGAAGUUUCACCAGUGCGUUGCGUUAGAAACUCUCAGCAGUCAAGAUAUAAUCGAUUUCAUUCCUCCGGAUGGAGAGUUUCAGCUGUGCGAGUAUAAGCUCAAACGUCACAUCAAUGAUGCACCUGUCAUCAAGGUGACAGAAUUUAAGAUAACAAAACGAGACGAAAAGAAGAGAGUUCAAUUGAAAGUUACGAUAGAACCACAUUUCAAGGCCCAGAACGCCGCCAAGUUUUUAAAAGUUCACGUCCCCAUCCAGACUUUAUUUCAAGAAUACAGCAUAGAUUUGGCAAAAUCUCCGAGAUUCAAAUGCGAUUUUGGAUCGGUCGCGUUUAAUGUCACCGCACGAAGCCUGUUAUGGCAAGCCGAAGGCAUGAAGGGUGGACAUGGUGAGGUAAGUUAUUCGAUGCAGGUUGAGUUCUUUCUUUUUGACCAAGAGGAAUACAAUAAAAAGCUCGCUGAGCUACAACAAACAAUGGAUCCACCACCUUUACGAGAUGGAUUGAAGUUAGACGAACUCUACGCUCAGGCGGCUGAUAGUAAAAACAUCAAUGGAGAGGAGCGCUUGAUAUUGGUUGAGUUCGAGGUGCCCUAUUAUACUUGCAGCGGAUUGAAAGUCGACUACCUUAAGAUAGAAGAGGAACAACUAGAAUACCAGUCGUUUCCUUGGGUGAGGUAUAAAACGAUGAACGAUCAAGAAUACGCUUACCAAAUAUAG